GUAUAAUACAAAGAAACUACCUACCUGCCUCCCGCUUCUGCCUCUCCCUGCUCGGGAAGCAUAUUGAAUUCCUCCGACACAAAGACCAGCCCUACUGCGAAGCUCUUCCUUCUGCCAUUGUGCACAAUGAACUGCCCAUCACGGACGGAGCCGGACACUCCAUUGGAGUGGAACCAGAAUCCCAAUCCACUGGCAGAGACGACGAGAAGUGACCUGGGCAAAGUGGCGAGCGCCAGAGUGCAGCACGAUCAUAAGCUCACUCCCAAAGACGGAGGAAUCGUCGAAUUGACUGAAGUUGGCGGAAGUCGCGACCAUCCAGCGCUCCGACGACGCUCCGUGCUGAGCGAAGGCGAUGGCGCCUGUUCCAUCGCCCAUGGGCGUGGUGAGCGUAUGCUCGAGGACACUCUCGGCGCUACAUCGCCAAGCCCAACCCGGCUGCCAUCAUGGCAGCACCCUCUGGAUCGCAUCUGGAAAGUGAUCUGGAAAUACAUCCGCUUCGUCGGACCGGGCUUCAUGAUAGCCGUGGCAUACAUUGACCCAGGAAACUACGCGACCGACGCGGCGGCAGGAGCGACCUACAAGUUUAAGCUCUUAUUUAUGGUUCUGGUCUCAAACAUUUUUGCCAUCUUCCUCCAGUCCCUCUGCAUCAAGAUGAGCACAGUGACGGGUCUGGAUCUUGCUCAAAUGAAUAAAGAACACUGUCCGCCAUGGCUCAAUUAUGUCCUGUUCUUCUUUGGCGAGGCGGCUGUCAUCGCUACGGAUAUUGCAGAGGUCAUUGGCUUUUCCAUUGCCCUCAACCUGCUGGCACCGAGUGUGCCCAUCGUGGCCGGAUGUGCCAUUUCCAUUCUGGACGUCAUGUUCAUCCUCCUCUUUUACAGGCCAGAAGGAUCCAUGAGAGCGUUGAGACUGUUUGAAUGCUUUGUCAUGCUGUUGGUGCUUGGCGUGGUCAUCUGCUUCUGCUACCAGUUGUCAUUGAUCAGCGGCACCACACCUGGCGAGGUGUUCAGAGGCUAUUUGCCGUCGAGUGCGAUUGUCGAGAGCAAAGGAUUGUACCAAUCGUGCGGCAUCCUCGGUGCUACAGUCAUGCCUCACUCUCUCUACCUAGGCUCCGGACUGGUAAAGCCAAGGCUCAAGCACUUCGACCAGAAACACAAUACCCACCACACCGAUCCGGAGUCAGACGAUGAUAUGGCCGGUGCUGUUCGCAAGUACCGACCAUCGAUGGCAGCCAUCAACGCCUGCAUGAAAUACUCCAUCAUCGAGCUCGCAGUCGCGCUCUUCACAUUUGCUUUAUUUAUCAAUAGUGCCAUUCUGAUCGUCUGCGGUGCUUCUCUUCACUCGGUCGACGGCGCCGCAGAUGCGGACCUCUUCGGCAUUUACAAUCUUCUUCGCGAACAAAUAGCACACGCAGCAGCGACAGUCUUCGCCAUUGCCCUCCUGCUCUCUGGUUGUUCUGCUGGCAUUGUCUGCACUUUGGCGGGUCAAAUGAUCGCCGAGGGUCAGAUCAAUUGGAAGUUGCAGCCGUGGGUCACCCGGCUCCUUACGAGAUCUAUUUCCAUUGUGCCAGCCAUCCUGGUAGCUGGUACACUCGGUAAGCAAGGACUUUCUGAAGCAUUGGUUGGGUCACAGGUCGCACUCAGUGUCAUACUGCCAUUUGUGACAGCACCACUGAUCUACUAUACGUGCCGCAACAAGUAUAUGAAUGUCGUGACGACAAGUCGCACUGAGUUGGCAGAAGAUGGCUCCGGAGAACCGAGGCGAGAUGUGGUCAACAUGAGGAACAAUUGGCUGGUGGCAGUGGUUGCCGUACUGAUCUGGUUGAUUAUCGUGAUUAUGAACAUUGCCAACAUCACGCUGACCGGAUUGGGCGUCAACUAGCAAAGAGCAACGUUAGCCAACGUGCGUAUACUCUUUUUGAGCGCCGCUUCCACUUCUACGAGGCCGUUUCAUCAUGGUUUCCCGGGCACACUGAGCAUGGAAUGUGGGUAGUACAGCAUCUCGAUGCUUUUCUUGAGGCGUUUGGGAAAGUGGUUAAAAGAAACGGAAAAAAAGAAAAAAAAAAGAUGAAGGGGAAAGGAAAGGAACCUUAAAACGAGAAGACCCCCUGAAAAAGCGACCGGCACAUCAGUGUCCAAAUCCACAAUCACAUCCGCUGUGUAAUAAUGAUAGAUUUAGGAGAUGC